ACACACAUGAGGAUUCAUACUGGUGAAAGACCUUUUAAAUGUGAUGUGUGUGGAAAGACAUUUACUGUAUCAGGUUCCGUUAAGAUACACAUGAGGACACAUACAGGCGAAAAGCCUUACAAAUGUGAUGUGUGUGGAAAGGCAUUUAGCCAUUCAGGAAACUUUCACAAACACAAAAGGAUGCACAAAGAGGGGAAAGAAAGCCUUUUCAUCUAAUCAACAGAAUGCUGAAACAUUAAACAUUUGUAGUGCAAAUGACAAUCAAACUGAGGAUGUAGAAAAGAACAGCAGUACACAACGAAGUGAAAAACCUUCUGAAUGUUACAUACACAAGAAAGUUUUUAGUCAUGGAUACCACUUACAGAAGCACCCAAGGACACAUACAGGUGACAAACUCCAUCAAAGUGAUGUGUGUGGGAAAGCAUUCACCCAAUCAAGUAAUUUAAAGAGACACUUAAAGAAACAUACAGGUGAAAAACCUUAUAGAUGUGGUUUGUGUCAGAGAACAUUUUAUGAAACAUCAGAUUUGAAAUCACACAUGAGGAUACAUACAGGUGAGAAACCAUAUACAUGCAAUGUAUGUGGAAGGGCAUUCAGGCAAUCUGCUGGCUUACGGGUACACAGGAGAACACAUACUGGUGUUAAACCUUAUUCAUCCAAUUUACAAAUUCAAAAUGAUGCUGAAAAUAUAAAGAACUGUAAUGUUUAUGACAAUUGCCAAGGGUUAUUAGAAGGACAUAGCAAUAGACACUUUAGUGAAAAAGCUUAUAAAUGUAACAUCUGUAUGAAAGCUUUCAGCCGUGCAUAUCACUUAGAGAAACACAUGGGGACACAUACAAAUGAAAAACCCUAUAAAUGUGAUGUAUGUGGAAAACACUUCUCUGAAUUGGGUACCUUCCAGACACACAAGAGGAUACAUACAUGUGAGAAGCCUUAUAAAUGUGAUGUAUGUGGGAAAGCAUACCCAAAAUCAUGUUCCUUGAAGACACACAAGAGGAUACAUACAGCUGAGAUGCCUUAUAAAUGUGAGGUGUGUGGGAAGGCAUUCAACCAAUCAAGAGCCUUGCAGAGACACAUGAGGAUACAUACAGGUGAGAAGCCUUUUGAGUGUGAUGUGUGUGGGAAAGCAUUAUCUAACUCAUAUUCCUUGAAGACACAUAAAAGGAUACACACAGGUGAGAAGCCUAAUAAAUGUGAUGUAUGUGGGAAAGCAUUCUCUGUUUCAUGUUCUUUGAAGAAACAUAAGAGGAUACAUACAGGUGAAAAUCCUUUUCAAUGUGAUGUGUGUGGGAAAACAUUUAACCAAUUAAGUAAUUUAUAUAAACACUUGAAGACACAUUCAGCUGAUAAACCUUAUAAAUGUGGUUUGUGUCAAAGAGCAUACUAUGAAAAAUCAGAUUUGAAAAAACACCUGAAGAUGCAUUCCGUUGAGAAACCUUAUAUAUGUGAUGUAUGUCGGAAAGCGUUCAAGCCUUCUAAAAGCUUACAGAUUCACAGCAGAACACAUACUGGUGAUAAACCUUAUAAAUGUGAUUUUUGCCAGAAAACGUUUAGUGAUAAAUCUUCUAUGAAAAGACACAUUAGGAUCCAUACAGGUUAUAAACCUUGUAAAUGUGAUUUGUAGAGAAAGUGUUCUUUGAAUCAGGUACCUUACAGAAAUAUAUAAUGAUUCAUAGAGGUGAUAAACCUUAUAAAUGUGAUAAAGUGGAAAGGCAUUUACCCAUUGAAGUAUCUUACAAAAUCAUAUUACAAUUCUUACUGGAGUCAAAUGGAAGCAUUCAACCUAUAAAGAACAGAGAAACAUUAUGAUAAACACAAUGAUAAACCUUUUAUAGAUGAUGUAUGUGGAAAUGCAUUCACACACAUACACACACAUCCUCUCUCUCACACACACGCACACAUAUUAGGAUUAGGUUAUAAAUGUUAGGUUUGGAAAGACAUUCAACCAGUGAAGAACAUUAUAGAGACAUACAGGACACAUGCAGGAGAAAACGUUUUUAAUUUGAUGUUUUGGGGAAUGCAUUCUCUAACUUGGUGGACUAACGUAGACACAUGAGGACACAUAUUUGUGAUAAACAUUUUAGAUGUAAUAUGUUACAGAGAGCGUGUAAAAUCGGAUAUGAAUAGACAUCUGGGACUAGAAAUAAGUAACUGGGACUAGAAAUAAGUAAUAAACCUUAUACAUGUAAAUGUGAUGUAUUUGGAAAGGCGUUCGUCUUGAGACCUAAGAGACACUUGAAGAUACAUACACGUGGUUAACCAUUAUUACGUGAAUUCUAGGGGAAAUUUACAGAGACAUAUGAGGACACAUACAGCUGACAAACCGUAAAAAUGUGAUCCUUGUCAGAGAAUGUUCCGUGAAGCCAGGUUAAAAAACACUAUUUGAGGAGGUCACAGAUAAACUAAUGUGUAUGAAGGACCCAAGUUUGAUCUAAGUUUAU